UUCUCGGGCGCCGGCGGUGGGUUUCGCCGGGUCUGACAGAUCCGGGCGUGCGGCCGCGGCGCCGGGGCGCUUAGAGCAGCGAUGGCUGCGGGAUCUUAACCAGACCUGGCUGGAGGCCGCGUGGGCUUAGGGAACAACAACCCCGCCCCCCACGCCUGCGAAAAAAGGGGGACUCUGCUGCCCUUCCUGUGCGGCGGCGGGGAGCCGCUCGGCCACCUCGCACUCCCUCCCCGCCUCCCCAGUGGCCACGAAAGCGCCCCUGGAAUUUUGAUUGACCGCGUGACCCUGCGCUCGGGGCGGCGCUUAGCCUGUAGUUCUGGCUGCACUUGGCUCUUCAGGAAGUGCCAUGGCCUGUGCUGCCAUCGUGAAUCCUGUGCUAUUGAGAGGCUCUGUCGGUGCCGUCUGUUCUCACUCCCCUUGGGUGACACGUAGUGCUUGGCGCCACCUUUUUCUAACCAGCAUGGUGAAAUCCAAAAGGAAAACUGACCACUUGGAGAGAACCGCCAAUGUCGUUCGACAGGAGGUGGUGGCGGCUGCCAAGGUGUGUGGAGUUGCCCACGAGUCCCCAUCCGUGAAGAGACUCCGCCUGCUGAUCGCUGACAAAGGGUUUUCCUUUAAAGCUGGCCAGUGGAUUGAUUUCUUUAUUCCAGGAGUCUCUGUGGUUGGUGGAUUCUCAAUAUGCUCUAGCCCGAGACUGCUGGAGCAAGAGAGAAUGAUAGAGCUGGCAGUGAAAUACACGAACCACCCUCCUUCCCUCUGGAUUCACAAUCAGUGUGCACUUGACUCCGAAGUUGCCGUGAGAGUGGGCGGAGAGUUCUACUUUGACCCUCAGCCUGCAGAUGCCUCUAGAAACCUGGUGUUGAUUGCAGGAGGCGUCGGGAUUAACCCUCUGCUUUCCAUCCUGCGGCAUUGGGCAGAUCUGCACCGAGAGUGGGUGGACGGAGGAAGGGGGUGUGAGAUGGGAGUGGUGAGACUCUUCUACAGCGCCAGGGACACCAGCGAACUCCUGUUUCAGAAAAAUAUCCUCGAUUUAGUAAAUGAAUUUCCUCAGAAGAUUGCAUGCAGUUUGCAUGUUACAAAACAGACUACACAAAUCAGCGCCGAACUCAAGCCAUACAUCACUGAAGGAAGAAUAACAGAGAAGGAGAUAAGAGAUCAUAUUUCAAAAGAGACUUUGUUCUAUAUUUGUGGCCCACCUCCGAUGACAGACUUCUUCUCCAAGCAACUAGAAAAGAGCCAUGUUCCAAAAGAGCACAUUUGCUUUGAGAAGUGGUGGUAGGGAGCAGGCAGAGGUAGAAAGGAGCCAGAUUUGAGGCCCAGCCUGGACGGAAAAUGUUAUCUGACUCAUGGCAAGGGGAACUUAACCUGUGUUCAAUCUUAUUUGAUAAGACUAAGUGACCAGCUGGAUGAGAAAAGCAAAGCCAGCUGACAGACU